UUGUUUCCAUGACAACAUAUCGACCCCACCCACCUCACCAGGCUCACGUCCACUCAGCCUCAGAGCUUAUGGCUGCAGGAAGGAGUCUUCUACUUUAUUACCAGAGACUGGUGUCUCCUUUAGUAAGGAGACAUAACUCAUCCAUUAGCAGUGAGGCUGCUGGUUUAAAGGUCUCUCUAGUUGAUCCUUUUAAUGCCGUGAGGGUCAGACUGGCCGAGACGGCUCACUGGACAAUAGAAGAAUUCAAAGAGAAGAUGAGCUUUCAUAUUGAUCAAUGGAUUUCAGAGAAGAGAUCAGCAGUCUGGUUACAUGUACCAUUAGUUCAUUGUUCUUUGUUGAAUGUAGCUGUUCUGGACUGUAGGUUCAACAUACACCAUUCACUCAGUAAUGAGAUAGUACUGAGCAGGUGGUUGAGACAGGACACCGUUAAUAAGAUUCCUCCUUUUGCCUCUCAUCAAGUCGGAGUGUGUGGUGUUGUUUAUCGGGAGGACACUAGUGAAAUUUUAGUAACACAAGACAAAUAUAAGCCAGCAAGAUGGAAGUUUCCAGGUGGUAUUUCAGAAUUUGCAGAAGAUAUAACUGACACAGCUGAGAGAGAAGUACUUGAGGAAACAGGAAUAAUGGCUAAAACCCAAUCAAUAAUUGCUUUCAGACAACACCAUCAUUUAUCAAUAGCGUUUGGGCAGUCUGAUUUAUAUUUCAUAUGUCGCAUGAAACCAUUUACGUACACGAUAAGACCAUGUACUAGUGAAAUACUUAAAUGUCAAUGGAUGGGCAUAAGGGAAUUACAGGCAUCACCAUUAGCAACUAUUCUGACCAAUCGGAUUGCAGUGAUGAUGUUAAGAGGAGCUAAAAAUGGUUUCAGGGAACUAGACAUCAAGUGGGAGGAUCUUCCAUCUCCUGCUGACUCGAAUCAAACCUACAGACUGUUUGGAAAGAGAACUUGACAUUUUGAUAAUCAUUUUUAAUGUUUUAUUGGUGGGUGUUCCCAUAGCAAUCUCCCAGUUAUGGAUUUGUUUAAAAAACUAAUCCAUUUGUCUACCAAACCUA